AUGUCAAAAUUUAAAAGUGGAAGAGAGGAGACGAAUGAUAAGCCGCGACCAGUACCUGUCCUUGUGCCCUUCAAGUGUUCACAGUGUGAAAAGAGCUACAAAUACAAACAAAACCUAGUGAGGCAUCUCAAAUACGAAUGUGACAAGGAAGCACAGUACCAUUGUGAUUAUGAGUCGUGCGGUUACUCCAGCAAAUUCAAAUCUAACUUGAAAAAGCAUUGUUACCGUAAACACAAUGGCGGCUGUUGUAAAAUUUGAACAUGAUUACAUAUGAACUCUGUGCAAUAGUCAAAUUGUAGUAGCUUUGUUGUUGUAAUAUUGAAUUCAAAUAUAUUGCGUGUAAUAUAACUGCGUGGCAAACACAA